GCUGCACCUGACUGAUUAUCGACAAAGAGGAGACCAAAUUUGUUAUUGAUGCUUCGUAUUCUUUGACAAGGAUCCCACUGAGUGCAUCAGAGCUCCUGGACACACAGAUGAUUUCUUUCCAGCAGCAUCAAAGAUUUCCCUUCGAGAGGUUUUAAAUUACGCAGGCAGAAUAUCGAAGUGUUAACGGCUUUGGGGAUUGCACAGAGAGCAUUUAAGGAUCAGGAUUCAUCCUCACAGCCAGGAUGAUGAUGUGUUGUCUACAAACUCUGCUGCUGCUGUUGCUGAGGCUCUCGGGCUUGGCCCUGACUGCCCCUACAACACAGAACAAUUUCUUCUACCAUGACUUCCUCAGUGGAAAUGGCAACAAAGAACUUCAUUUCAGUGGUGUGGAGCUCCAUGUGGACUCUGCUCAGCCCUCAGUAUCUGCAGUCAGAGGGGGCAGUGCCACCAUGCCAUGCAGGUUUUGGUAUGAGCCUGAGCUGAGCUCGCAAAGAGAUGUGCGGGUUAAGUGGUCCUGGCUGCCUGCUGCUGGGGGACAUGAGACAGACGUGCUGGUGGCUUUGGGCUCUCGCUGUCACAGUUUUGGGGCCUUCAGUGGUCGUGUGCAGCUCAGACAGGAUUUCCCAGGAGAUGCUGCACUUGUGAUGACUGACCUCCAGCUGAAUGACACAGGCCGUUACCGCUGUGAGGUGGUGGACGGAGUGGAGGACAAGAGCUCUUCAGUUUAUCUGGAGUUACGAGGUGUGGUGUUUCCCUACCAGCACCCUCGUGGUCAUUAUCAGCUCAGCUUUCUGGGAGCCCAGCAGGCCUGUGAGGAGCAGGGCUCCACGCUGGCCACCUUCACACAGCUCUUCCAGUCCUGGAAAGAGGGUCUUAAUUGGUGCAGUGCAGGCUGGCUGGCUGACGGAACAGUCCAGUACCCCAUCACCCGGCCUAGAGUGCCCUGUGGGGGGCAUGGCCUCGCCCCAGGUGUCCGGAGCUACGGCAGGCGGCACCUGCAGCUUCAUCACUAUGAUGUCUUCUGCUUCUCCUCUUCGCUGAGAGGUAAAGUCUACUAUCUUCAGCCCUCUCACAAGAUGAAUCUGACUGAGGCUCAGCAGGCGUGUCAGGAGGACGGAGCCGAGGUCGCCAAAGUCGGGCAGCUCUAUGCUGCCUGGAAACUCACAGGCCUGGACCGCUGUGACGCUGGCUGGCUGGCAGAUGGAAGUGUUCGGUACCCCAUCACCAGGCCACGGAGAAACUGUGGUCCCUCUGAGCCCGGGGUGCGCAGCUUUGGCUUCCCACCUCCUCAGCACAAGCAUGGAGUCUACUGUUACAAGUCCGCUGAUGAAUGAAUCUAGGUAACCGUCAAAAAAUGUUUCCUCAUGAGCUGCUUCAUAUGUUAAUAUGGAAACUGAAGAUGAUGAACACAAGAGGUAAGCAGGAAAACAUGCCACAAAGUUAUAUUCAGGCUACUUCUUCAGACAUGCCCCAUUUUUUUCUUGUGGUUUUAUUCCCUAUUUUUCUAUUAAUAUGUUCUGUGUGAAAUUCUCUUGUUGGACGUGUAAUGCCUUUAUUACGAUGUUGACUCACUGUUGAUGCUAUAAGCUAUUGAAAUUACUCUGCAGACUUGAGUUGAGAUAAUUCUGUUUCUCAAAAAAAUCUACUGUAUAACCAUGUACCUCAAGUGAUUUUCACAUCACUCAAUUUUUA